AUGGCUCCUUCAACCUUCAAGCUCAACACUGGCCAGGAGAUUCCUGCUGUCGGACUCGGUACUUGGCAGUCCCCCGCAGGCGAGGUUGAGAAAGCUGUUACAUAUGCUCUAAAGGACGGAUACAAGCUGAUCGACUGCGCCUACUGCUACGGAAACGAAGAGGAGGUUGGCGCUGGUCUCAAGGCUGCCUUUGAGGCUGGUGUCAAGCGUGAGGACAUCUUUGUCGUUACCAAGGCCUGGGCUACCUACAACACCCGCGUCGAGCUGGCUCUCGACAAGAGCUUGAAGGCCCUGGGCCUUGACUACGUCGACCUUUUCCUAGUACACUGGCCCCUACUCCUUAACCCGGAGGGUAACGACGACAAGUUUCCCAAGAAGCCUGAUGGUUCCCGAGAUGUCAUUCGAGACUACAACCAUGUCGAUGGCUGGAAGCUCAUGGAGAAACUACCCGCUACUGGCAAGACGAGAGCUGUCGGUGUUUGCAACUACAGCAAGAAGUACCUGGAAGAGCUUCUGCCUCAUGCAACUAUCGUGCCCGCCGUUAACCAGAUCGAAAACCACCCUGAGCUUCCCCAGCAGGAGAUCGUUGACUUCUGCAAGGAGAAGGGCAUCCAUAUUGAGGCUUACAGUCCUCUUGGCAGCACAGGCGGUCCCGUCAUGAGUGCUGAGCCCGUUGUCAAGAUUGCCGAUAAGAAGGGCGUUUCUGCCUCUACUGUGCUCCUCAGCUACCACGGCAACACCGUGCUCGCCAAGUCGGUCACCCCUGAGCGCAUCACCGCUAACAAGACCAUCGUCGACCUCGAUGACGAAGACAUGAAGGCUCUUAAUGACUACUCUGCCGAGCUCCAGAAGAAUAACCAAGUCAAGCGAUAUGUUUACCCUCCUUUCGGUAUCGAUUUCGGCUUUCCCGACAAGUCAUGA